AUGUCGAAAUUUCUCUACGUCGCCAUGAGCCAGCCCGUUGGCUUCGCGAGGGACAACACGAACGAGACCGACCUCGAACCAGAUUCCGCAAGGCGUGCAACUUCACAGCGCAGUAGCCCUGGAAAACGCAGUGCGGACGAAAUGCAGGGCUCUAUCUUCGACAAUGAUCAGGCCCGUUCACCCAGUAUCUCUGAGCCUUCAGCAGACAAGAAACCGUGCCUUGCUAGUGGCGGACCGCCUAUCACUUCAGAGCCUGUAGUGGUCAUCGUAGGCGAAGAACAGGAGAAAUUCUAUGUGCACGCUCACCUGCUGGAAUCAUCCUCCGAGUACUUCCUCGCAACAUUGAGCUCAGAACGUGUUGGAGACACGCUACGAACAGUCAAGCUUCCCGAUGUCGAUGCAGACGCUUUCAGGUUGUAUGCGAAAUGGCUCUAUACCGGACGCUUCCAUCUCUCGAUCGGACCCGACACGUAUGUAAGAGACAAUUCGACUGAAAUGCACUGGGACGAAAUGUCUGCUUGCUAUGCGCUGUCCGCUACAAUCCAAGCAUCCGCCUUCGGUGACGCCACCAUCGACGCGUUCAUAGGCCGCAUGAUAAUCCGCAACGACUCUCCCAUCGAACUGGCUAAAUGGAUCUACCCUCGAACAGCCAAGGGCUCAGCACAUCGAAGUCUAUGCCGAGACAUCGUCGUUCACACGUGGGAUCGCAAACUCUUCGGGCGCCUGUGGAAAGAAGACUACCCUAGGGAGUUUCUUGAAAACGUCUUCGCGGACGUCAGCCUCAAAUUCGAUCGUGGAGUGCGAUGUAAAGAGACUGCAGAAUUCCUCGAGCCAAAGAAUGGCUGCACAUAUCAUGAACACAAGCGGUUAUCGUUGCCUUGCUACAAGAUCGCUUUCGGUAAUAGAUGA